CAUUCCUUUCGGAUCACUCUGAACGAUGGUCAUAGAAUCAUCUCGCUCCAGCGUGAAGUUUCUUUCUUUCAAACUUUCUCGUGUCCGUUAUGUUAGCCAACCGGAGGUCCAACAGCAAGAACUGGUCGUCACCGGAAGCUGGAUGGAGGAGGUUAACCGUCUGUGUUUGUGGCGCUUCGACUAUGGAGAACAAAUAGAUUCCGGCCGAUUCAAGCCCACUUCGGAACAAGAAGACGGUGUUAGCCCUGGUGUUUUGGGUGACUCAGCUGAUGAGCCGCGCCUCGUUCACUCUAUUGUUCAUACUGGAUGGGUUCAAGACUUAAAGGUACAUCGACCGACUCGGCUGAUCGUUUCGGCAAGCUCGACCGGAACUCUCGAAGUCUGUCGUACUGAUGACACGUCGAUGAAACUCUCACGCCUAACUUCCCCGUGGAUGCCAUUCGGACAAACCCCAUUUCCUUCCAACCUGCCAAUCGCGUUAUCAACUUUGAGCCUCUCUAGUGACGGUAAACAAAUCUACGUAGGCGACGAUCUCGGCCGGCUCGCCGCGGUUCAAGUAGACAGAUUACCCGUUGCCGCAGACGUAACCGAUGCACAAAUAUCACAACAAGAACAACCAAUGAGUAAUGACUUCUCGCCGAUCUCACAGACGGGAGCCGAUAUCGCUUCGGUGAACGCGCUUGAACGCGUGGAUGCUUCUUCGCUGGCCGGUGUGAAUCAGCUGGGCCAAUUGAAAGUAUGGGAUUUACGCUGUGGACUGGAUAAGCCACAACAGCGAUUGAUAAGACCUUCAGAGACACAGCCACUCUAUUGUCUUUCUCACCACCCUGGUCAGCCUCACCUUCUUGCUGUUGGGGGCGUCGAAGGCUCAGGUACACCGGCCUAUAUAUGGGACUUGCGUGCCGACCAGUAUCCGCUAACUGAAGUGGCUUGUCAAGGUCGAAGUGUGUGGGAAGUCGGCUUCCAUCCCCGUCAACCUCAACAUUUAUAUCUGGCCACAGAGACGGCUGGUUUGCUACAAAUCAGCUGUCGAAACGAGACAGGUUCGUGGACCGGCUUCAAAGGCUCACGGAGAAAGCUCGUCGUCGGUUCCGCCCUUCCCACUGGUACCACAGCCCGUAACGUCAUCUCGUUCGAUAUGACCAAUACCCAGCUGAUAUGUGGUCAUUCAGAUGCUAUCCUGCAAACGACAUCCUGUGAAACAUUUUCACCUUCAGAGACACAGCCACUCUAUUGUCUUUCUCACCACCCUGGUCAGCCUCACCUUCUUGCUGUUGGGGGCGUCGAAGGCUCAGGUACACCGGCCUAUAUAUGGGACUUGCGUGCCGACCAGUAUCCGCUAACUGAAGGGGCUUGUCAAGGUCGAAGUGUGUGGGAAGUCGGCUUCCAUCCCCGUCAACCUCAACAUUUAUAUCUGGCCACAGAGACGGCUGGUUUGCUACAAAUCAGCUGUCGAAACGAGACAGGUUCGUGGACCGGCUUCAAAGGCUCACGGAGAAAGCUCGUCGUCGGUUCCGCCCUUCCCACUGGUACCACAGCCCGUAACGUCAUCUCGUUCGAUAUGACCAAUACCCAGCUGAUAUGUGGUCAUUCAGAUGCUAUCCUGCAAACGACAUCCUGUGAAACAUUUUCGUAGCGAAACGUUCCUCACCAUCUGUCACGUGUAUCUGGCCGUGCAUUUAAGUUGUAUCUACUUUCUGGACUUACCCGUUUUGAUAUGAACUUCUCAUGAAAUCGAG